GAGUUGUUUUGCUGGGAUGGGUUCAUUGUGGAAAGAGUUCAGCUGGAAACAUCUUGAACCGAGAUGAAUUUGCCACAGGAAGGAAGAUUACGGUUUUGGACACUCCAGGCUGGUGGAAGUACUUCACAUCUGAAUUCAACCCAGAUUUCAUUAGAUCUGCGAUCAUAGGAAGUGUUUCAUCAUGUGAGAAGCCCCCUCAUGCCAUACUGCUUGUGAUUCCAGCAGAUACAGCAUUUCAGGAAGAACAAAAGAGGAUCACUGAACAAUGUAUGUCUAUCCUGGGAUACGACAUCUGGAGACACACAAUAGUUUUGUUCACGUGGGGCGAUAGAUUUAAAAACAUCUCAAUCGAGCAGCACAUUGAGAGUGAAGGUGAAGCUCUUCAGUGGCUGAUUGAGAAAUGCAGGAACAGAUAUCACCUCUUUGACAACACAGACAAGAACAAUCGAGAUCAAGUCACAGAGCUGCUCCAGAAGAUUGAUGAGAUGGUGGAAGAAAACUGUUUGUUCCAUGUCAACACACAGAAAAACUGUGAAUCAGAAACGAGCCAUCAGAGAAAUAACACAGAGGAGGAUCAGAAUAUUCAGAUCAGACUGAAGGAUGUCUGCAACUUUCUUGAAUUGGCGUUUAAAAUAAAAGCUGAAGAGAUAAGAAAGAAGAUACAAAACUUAUAUGAGCAGAUCAUGGAAGAUUGUCUAAUCCUUGAGGAUUCUCGGAGUAUGAAUUCUCGUCCUAACUAUGACGAUAAACCUCCCGAUGACCCACUUCAGCAGGACAGCAUGUCUGAGCCAAUUAAAACUCUUCUGGAGAGAGAGUUCAUCAGAUGGGAAACUAUCAUCAUAGAUGGUGUUCGAGAAAGUUUACAGGACAUUAAAUCAUUAAUUGGUGAGUAGAUCAACCCGUUUUACACCAAAUUGAUC